UUUGCGGUGGGCGGGAGGAUUGUGUGGGUAGAAUCCCCCUCCCCCUUAUUUUUCUAAUUCUGCAAGGCUUUUUAAAUUAACCUUACAUCUUUUUAAAGCAAGAAAAUGGAACGGCAUGUGUAGGAAUUCUUCAUUGUUGUUCUGAAGCCCCCUCUUACAUCAGAACUCUUUUCUAAUGAUCCUCUGAGUGUCAUCUCAGGACCCUGGGCACACUCAUGGCACGAUGGCCAACCCUCAGGAGCACCUGAGCUGCUCCUCUUCCCCACACUUGCCUUUGAGUGAAAACAAAACCUUCAAUGGACUACAAGAUGACGUCGCACCUAUGCGAAGCCACCCUUCACCCAAGCUUCUUAAGGACCAGCAGGAAAAGGGGGUGGUGCAAACAGAGCUAACUGAGGGCAUGAACAGCCCCAUCACCACAACAGUGUUGACAAGCGUAAGUGAGGAUUCCAGGGACCAGUUUGAGAACAGCGUUCUUCAGCUAAGGGAACAAGAUGAAUCGGAGAUGGCCGUGUCUCAUGGGAACAGCAACACUGUGGAUGGAGAGGGCACAAGUGGAACCGAAGACAUCAAGAUUCAGUUCAGCAGGUCGGGCAGCGGCAGUGGUGGGUUUCUUGAAGGACUAUUUGGAUGCUUAAGGCCUGUAUGGAAUAUCAUUGGGAAGGCAUACUCCACUGAUUACAAAUUGCAGCAGCAAGAUACUUGGGAAGUGCCAUUUGAGGAGAUCUCAGAGCUGCAGUGGCUGGGUAGUGGAGCCCAGGGAGCUGUCUUCUUGGGCAAGUUCCGAGCGGAGGAGGUGGCCAUCAAGAAAGUGAGAGAACAGAAUGAGACGGAUAUCAAGCAUUUGAGGAAGUUGAAGCACCCUAACAUCAUCGCUUUCAAGGGUGUUUGUACUCAGGCCCCAUGUUACUGUAUCAUCAUGGAAUACUGUGCCCACGGACAACUUUAUGAGGUUUUGCGAGCUGGCAGGAAGAUCACACCUCGAUUGCUAGUAGAUUGGUCCACAGGAAUUGCAAGUGGAAUGAAUUAUUUACACCUCCAUAAAAUUAUUCAUCGUGAUCUCAAAUCACCUAAUGUUUUAGUGACUCACACAGAUGCAGUAAAAAUUUCAGAUUUUGGUACAUCUAAGGAACUUAGUGAUAAAAGUACCAAGAUGUCCUUCGCUGGCACAGUAGCAUGGAUGGCGCCAGAAGUGAUACGGAAUGAACCUGUCUCUGAAAAAGUCGAUAUAUGGUCUUUUGGAGUGGUGCUCUGGGAGCUGCUGACAGGAGAGAUCCCGUACAAAGAUGUAGACUCUUCAGCCAUUAUUUGGGGUGUUGGAAGCAAUAGCCUACACCUUCCAGUUCCUUCCACUUGCCCUGAUGGAUUCAAAAUCCUUAUGAAGCAGACAUGGCAGAGUAAACCUCGCAAUCGACCUUCUUUUCGGCAGACACUCAUGCAUUUAGACAUCGCAUCUGCAGAUGUACUUGCCACCCCACAAGAAACUUACUUCAAGUCUCAGGCUGAAUGGAGAGAAGAAGUAAAAAAACACUUUGAGAAGAUCAAAAGUGAAGGAACUUGUAUCCACCGAUUAGAUGAAGAACUGAUUCGAAGGCGCAGAGAAGAGCUCAGGCAUGCUUUGGAUAUUCGUGAGCACUAUGAGAGAAAACUCGAGCGGGCUAAUAAUUUAUACAUGGAAUUGAGUGCCAUCAUGCUGCAGCUAGAAAUGCGGGAGAAGGAGCUAAUCAAGCGUGAGCAAGCAGUGGAGAAGAAGUAUCCUGGGACCUACAAACGACAUCCUGUCCGUCCAAUAAUCCACCCUAAUGCCAUGGAGAAACUCAUGAAGAGGAAAGGCGUGCCUCACAGACCUGGGAUGCAGGCCAAGCGGCCAGAUCUGUUGAGAUCUGAAGGCAUCCCCAGUGUGGAAGUGGCUCCCACUGCAUCCCCUUUGUCCGGAAGUCCUAAAAUGUCCACCUCCAGCAGCAAGAGCCGCUAUCGGAGCAAACCACGCCACCGCCGCGGGAGUAGCCGAGGCAGCCACAGCGACUUUGCGGCGAUCUUAAAAAACCAGCCAGCCCGGGAAAAUUCACCCCAUCCCACUUACCUGCACCAAGCUCAGUCCGAAUACCCUUCUCCCCAUCACCGUAGUCCUCUCCAGCAGCAAUACCAGCAACCCCCUCCCGCCACGUCUCAGAGUCACCAUCCCAGACUCGACGUGCACGGACAGGACAUUGCAACCUGCGCCAACAACCUGAGGUAUUUUGGCCCCGCGGCAGCCCUGCGGAGCCCACUCAGCAACCAUGCUCAAAGACAGAUGCCUGGUUCUAGCCCUGACCUCAUCUCCACGGCCGUGGCGGCAGAUUGCUGGAGAAGUUCCGAGCCUGACAAGGGCCAGGCAGGCCCCUGGGGCUGUUGUCAGGCUGACCCCUAUGACCCCUGCCUCCAGCGCAGGCCAGAACAGCAUGGGUCCUUAGACGUCCCCUCUGCCGAGCCCGUGAGGAGGAGCCCCAACCUUUUCAAGCCACCAGCACACAAUCCCCUCUCGGAAAAUGCCCAAGGUUCUGAGAAAAUGGAAGAGAAGGAAUUCAGCGGCUGUGGGUCCGCAGCAUCCCUCAACACCUCUCAUCACAUCACCCCCCCAGCUCUACCUCGAAAAACAAGGCCCCUUCAGAAGAGUGGAGAUGACUCCUCUGAAGAGGAAGAAGGAGAAGUAGAUAGUGAAGUUGAAUUUCCACGAAGACAGAGGCCCCAUCGCUGUAUCAGCAGCUGCCAGUCGUAUUCAACCUUUAGCUCUGAGAAUUUCUCUGUGUCUGACGGAGAGGAAGGAAAUACCAGUGACCACUCAAACAGCCCUGAUGAGUUAGCGGAUAAACUCGAAGACCGCCUGGCAGAGAAGCUAGAUGACCUGCUGUCCCAGACGCCGGAGAUCCCCAUUGAGAUAUCCUCGCAUUCAGACGGGCUCUCUGACAAGGAGUGUGCUGUGCGCCGUGUGAAGACGCAGAUGUCUCUGGGCAAGCUGUGUACGGAGGACCGUAGCUAUGAGAAUCCUAUGCAGUUUGAAGAAUCGGACUGUGACUCUUCAGAUGGGGAGCGUUCUGAUGCCACAGUUAGGACCAAUAAACACUACAGCUCUGCUACUUGGUAAUGAAAGAAUACCUACCCUGAAGAUCUCAUGACUAUACUGGCAUUUCACAUCCAUCCCACCCCCAGACUCUUCCCACUCUCUCCCUGCUUUUUCAUCUGGGAAGAGAGCUGCCCCAUCUUUCUUACCCCUAGACAUGAGCUGCAAUAACAGGAACAUGAGACUUCACAAAUCUCUGGAAAAAAAUAUCCAAAUGAAAUUAAGUCUCACUGAACAUUUCAAUCAAGAAUGGCAGGGAUCUAUUUUAUUGAAUAUUCUAGCUACUGUAACACUGAUAUUUAUUUUUGUUUGACAUUUUAACACUUUGUACUGUAAAGAGUGAACUAUAUAUGAUAGAGAGAAAGACAAUAAUUUCUUGCAAAAAAAAGAGAGAGAGAGAGAAAGAAAGGAGGAAAGAACAGAAGUGGAAUUCAGGAGCAACAUCCUUGGGAAUCUGUGGAGCCAGGAGGUAUUACUGCUGCUUGAACAGGGGACCAGUUCCUCUGGCCAUAAGUGACUGAAGAAGAGCCAGAGCAAGACAUACUGAACAUUUUAGAAAACAAAAACAGCAAAAGAAAAGCAAUUCGAGGUAAUCUGUGAACAGACCACAUUAAAUCCACCCAGCCUGUCCAGAUGGGUGAUGGAAAGACCUAGACAAUUUUGGAGACCAGAGACUUGCACCCAAGGCCUUUGAGGGCAUGUGCUUCCUCUAGGAGGAAAAAGAAAACUGCGCGUGUCAAAGCUGAUCUCAUUUUUAAAAUGCUGAGCAGCGUUGGUAGUGAGACUUACAGACAGUGUCCAACCUUGUCCUUGACAAAUUUUCUGAUUUUUAUGCGUCAGUGCCACUACCUUGGCAAAUGCAUUACCUUGACCAAUGUGUUGAUUUUUCAGACUCAAGUGCCAGUUUCCUGUAGCCUAUUUCCUUUCCACCUGUUGGCUGCUUCUUUUAGGGAAAAAGGGGGCAGGGGAGGGAGAGCCUGAGGAGGAGAGAAGGAGAAGACAAAAAGAGAAUGUCCAACAGUGUUGGAAAAGCAAAUGUGGAAUUUGUAAAAGGACAUUUUCAGAAUGUCUCAGUUCACCUACGUGCAGAAGAUGGGAUCACCCCUCCCUGGAACCAGGUUGCUUGUCUACUAGAGUUUUAUUGAUGUAAACAGAACAGUCCUUGAAGACAGCUAGGAGGUGUGUCAGUCUGCCCGAUGUCCAAUCCCAAACCAUCCCCCAUGUUUUUAUUUGUUAACUCAUUCUAUCCCAGAAUGACUGGCUACCACUAUCAGAAUAAAGGCAAAAUAAGCAACUUGCAAAGGGCAACCCCUCCCCUAUCACGAUAGCAUUUUUGUUAAAUGCUACUUGUAACAUGUAUUUGGAUCAAUGUAGUUUUGAAUAAUUGGAUUUGGAAAUUCGGAGAAAGAACAACUGAUGCUAAGCAGAGAUUGGAAAAAUAUUGUCCAAGGCAUGAGGUCCUUCCUGUCUCUAGGGUCAUGGGCUCUGAGAAACAUCCCAAGGUACCUCAUGGUGCCUUGGCUUUAAGGAAAUUUUUAUCUAGAAUUUUAUAUAAAAACAGAUGUUGGCCUAGUUCCUGUCUCUGUCUCCAAAAUCAGUUACUGCCAAACAACCUCGAAGCUCAAGACCUGGAGAGGGUGGCUAGACGCUCUGAUAUUGCAUCGGACUGGACUUCAGGAAAGACUUACAUACACAGGUAUUAAACCAUUUCCAGUGCAGAUGAAAACAUCACCCUCCUCUGGGUGUCACUGAUUGCAUCGGCCAAAAAGGAAAAGCAGGAGGGAAUUUAGAGCAGUUCCUUUUGCUUGUUUGAUCCCUCCAUUUGUUUACACUUUAUGUUGAGACAUUGAUUUAAAAUUUAGUGUCUGUAAUUUAUAGCUCUUAGGUAGGCUGAAGGAAAAUAUUUAACUUAUACAGAGAGCAGUAUUGUUUCAUUAAAUUAUUCCAUUUUGUAUAAAUUCUGUAGCUGGACUACAUGAAAGAUCUUAAGU